GUGUGGAAGUUCAUGGGACUUGUUUUACACCGGACUCCCUGCGCACACCCGGGCCGUCAGUCAGUGAGUCGGUCAGUGACUCGGUCGGUCCACCACCUCCACCCCGGCGGGCUGCGCAUCCGUCCGUCCACCUGAGGUCCGCUCCCGACUCUUUAAACCUCACCAUGGAUUCGUGGACCGUCACCUCCGCGCUUCUCCUCGCUGGGUUUAUUUCCUCCGCAGCUCUGAACCAUUUCGAAACCGAGUGCUACACUGCCAACGGAGAGGACUACAGGGGCCUCCAGAACCAGACCAGCCUGCAUGCUGGUAAACCCUGUCUCUUCUGGAACGAGACCUUCCAGCACCCGUACAACACCCUCAAGUACCCCAACGGAGAGGGAGGACUGGGCAGCCACAACUUCUGCAGAAAUCCCGACGGGGACGUUCAGCCAUGGUGCUACAUCGCCGACAACGAGGACAGCAUCUACUGGAGAUACUGUGACAUCCCCUCGUGCCAGAUGCCCGGGAACUUGGGCUGCUUCAAAGACAGCGGCGACCCCCCCACCCUGUCGGGCACCAGCGAGACCUCCAACAAACUCACCAUCCAGAACUGCAUCAGCUUCUGUAGGAAGCAGAGAUACAAGCUCGCCGGCAUGGAGUCCGGGUACGCCUGCUUCUGUGGCAAUGAGGGGGACCUGCCCGCCCAGGACGAGUCGCCGAGCAUGGAGUGUAACCACGUCUGCUUCGGGGACCACACCCAGCCCUGCGGCGGCGACGGCUGGGUCAUCAUCUUCGAUACCCGAGUCGGCGCCUGCGGUGGAAACUACUCGGCCCCGUCCGGAGUGAUCUACUCCCCCGACUUCCCCGACAAGUACGGGGCCGGCCGCGUCUGCUACUGGACCAUCCAGGUCCCCGGGGCGUCCGCCAUCCUCUUCAACUUCACCUUCUUUGACAUCUCCGAUCAGACGGACAUGGUGGAGCUGCUGGACGGCUACACCAACCAGGUGGUGGCGCGCUUCGACUGGCGCAGCCCCCCCCGGGAGCUGGUGAACGUCACGGGCGACUCCGUGGUGCUCUACUUCUACUCCGACCGCACCAACCAGGCCCAGGGGUUCGCUCUGCUGUACCAAGCUCUGAGAAGCCAGGACACCAGAACCCUGGAGGCCGAGGGAGAUGAGGAGGAGGGCGAGGACGUCUCCAGCACGGCGGGGCCUCAGCUGGCGGCCGGCGGCGGCGGCGGCGUCACCCAGCGAUCCAACAGCACCUCCAACGGACGCUCCUCCCACAUCCUCUACGUGAUCACGUCCAGCCCCGGGAAGCCGGAGCACAACAUGCCAGGUCAGUGGGCUGGACGCGGCGAGACCACCGGCCACAGCGCUAUGUGGACCAUCUACGCUCUGGCCGCCCUCCUCAUCCUGACCGUCAUAGCCAUGGUGGCCAAGCUGCUGCUGCACAUCACAGUCAAGUCUCCCAACAUCCCGACGGUCAGCGGCUCCGACAGCUGCAGCCAGAGCACGGCGUCCUCCGAGCCCUGGAUCAUCCUGUACCGGCCCUCCACCAUCUCCCUCUUCAAGAAGAAGCUGAAGAACCACCACGGCGACCUCAGCCCCCUGGUGGGCAACUAGCGCCACUGCUGCGCUUUUUUUCGCCAUUAACCAAACGCUACCGCCACCCACAACUCUUCUGGAACAAGGGCCAUCAGAGGUCAGGGCCCCUCAGACAAUGGAACUCUACGAGGCGCUGCGCUGACCAGCCACCGAACAAGUGGCUAAUGACAAUGACAGUGACUGUGGCCCAGUGGCCCAGCGGCCCAGCGGCCCACAGGCCCUGGGUGGCCUGGGCAUCGAGCUCAGCACCAAAGAGGAGCGGGACAGGCCGGGCUGUCAGGGAGCACGGUGCAGGAGAGGAGAGCCCGUCUGCAGCUCGGACAAAGACUUUCAAUACGCAGGAAGUUUCCCUUGGG